CCUCCUUUCAGAUAGUGCCCUGUUUUUUAUUAAGAAGGUUUUUAAUCGAAGGAUGUUUUAGUCGGUUGAUGUUUUGGUCGGUAGGUAUUAGAUCAUUUAGCGGAUUUUUAAUGUCUAGGAAAAAAAUAUUAUUAAUAUUAUGUAUGAACCGUUUUAGGGUUUUCUAAUUUUCUUUAAAAGCAUUCAUUCAUUGACGAAAAGUCCGUUGACGUAAGGUCCAAUGACGAAAAGUAUUGACGGAAAGUCCUUUAACGAAAAGUCGGGGAGCCUUUUGGUCGUUUAGUUUUUGGUCGGAUUGGUCGAUGGAGUUUUGGUCGGAGGAAUUCUGUCGGUUUUUCAAUAUUAGCCUGACUACUUUUUAAUAAUUAAAUUUAUAAAUUAAUAGAAUGGACAGAGUUUAUUCUUUAAGUGUUUAUGAAACCCCUACACAUUUUUAUAUAAUUGGUUCAGAUGCAACAGAAAGUAUAUUUCGAACACUUAAAAUUGACAGAAUUACACAAAAUGAAUUUAUAGUUGGGGAGCCAAAUCAUGAUUAUACUAAAGCUGAUAUUGGUGAACUUCUUGCAACAGUUUCUUCAAGUUCAAUAGUGACACCAACUGAAAAAUGGGGAAGAAAAAGAAAUAGUACAGUCUCUACAGGAGGAGGGCUUUUACGGACUUUAGAGAAGGCUUGUGGAUUAAUUGGAGCUGUUCGGUUUUUACAUGGAUAUUAUUUACUUUUAGUCUCUAAAGCAAAACAAAUUUGUCAAAUUGGAAAUCAUUCAAUUUUUAAAGUUGAGGAUGUUUCGAUGAUUUAUUUACCUUCAACUUCAACUCCUUUACCCCCAGAAGAACAAAAAUAUGCAAAAUUAUUUCAGACAGUUGAUUUUACAACAAAUUUUUAUUUUUCUUAUACAUAUAAACUCAGCCGGACUUUACAAGAAAAUUCUUUAGCAGAAAAAGGAAUUAAAUGGAAUAAAAAUAAUUAUAAAUUUAACAUGGAAAGUGAACAAAAAUUUGUUUGGAAUGAUUUUUUACUUGAACCGUUCAGAAAAAGCCGGAAAUGGUAUUUGGAACUUGUACAUGGAUAUAUUGGUCAUCAAUUGGUAGAAUUGCCCUGUGCUAAAUUUGAUUUAAUUCUUUUGGCUAGACGCUCUGCUGAAUUUGCUGGCACUCGUUUUUUAAAAAGAGGUACAAAUUACAAAGGAGCUGUAGCUAAUGAUGUUGAAACUGAGCAAAUUGUAUGUGAAGUUAGCAAUUCGGGAAGUUUAAAUUCUGGAAAAUUCUCUGCUUUUGUUCAACGAAGAGGGUCUGUCCCUCUUUUUUGGUCACAAGAUUCAAUGCAUAGAGGGGCUCCAAUGGUUGUUGGAAAACCUCCAAUAGUUAUUGAUCGUGUAGAACCAAAUGCUUUAACAACAGCAAUACAUUUUCAAGAUUUGAGAAGAAAAUAUGGCCAUCCAAUUAUUGUUUUAAAUUUAGUUAAAAGAAUGGAACAGAAACAUAAUGAAAAUUUACUUCACGAUAAUUUUUGUAAAACAAUUCAAUAUUUAAAUCAAUUUCGGCAUUCUGGACAUUGUAUUGACUAUAUUAGUUUUGAUGUUAGUCGUUGUAAUAAAACAGGUCGGGUACUUCAACAAUUAGACCGUCUUGGUCAAAGAGUUGUUUUGGCUACUGGAUGGUUUCAAAAUUUUCCUUCGCUUAAAUUCCGAGAUCCCUCAAAUUUAAAUUCAAUUCCUUUUGGUGCUGAAGAUAUUGUUUAUCGUUUUGAACCAGAAAUGUCUUCAGAUAAUCGAAUGCUUUUACAGCAUGGAAUUGUUAGAUCAAAUUGUGUUGAUUGUUUGGAUAGAACGAAUGUAGCACAAUUUGGAUUAGGAAAAGCAGCUCUUUGUUGGCAAUUAUUCUCUAUGGGUCUUUUAGACUCUCCAUCUCCCCAAUCAUUGAGUAAUGAAUUUUGUAGAAGUUUUGAAGAAUUAUAUGAUGAACAUGGGGAUACUUUGGCUUGGCAAUAUGCUGGAUCUCAACUUGUUCAUUCCAUCAAAACUUACAAAAGGACCGCUGUUUUCCAGGAAAGAAGUAGGGACGUAUUACAAACAUUGUCUCGUUAUUAUAGCAAUACAUUCAGUGAUUUUGAAAAGCAAGAUGGAAUUAAUUUAUUUUUGGGGACUUACCGGUUGGUUUAUUUUUACUUUAUGCGAAGUUUGUAUAUAUGGCAUUUUUGGAAUAAUGGGACUUUAACUGUUAGUAUCUAUAUAAAUAUUUGUAUAGUCUAG